CAACGUUCGUAUUUCCAUCGCAAUAUAAAAGUUACAAAUGACCGCAAAAGUUAAAUCAGCUUAGUUACAGCAGAUUAUCUCAGGUGUAAAAACACACCUUUAAUCAACAAGUUUCAGCAGUGAAAAAAACAGCAAUGCAAUCUUUGUCUUCUCCACUUUGCCGUAGACUUGGUGGGAUACCAGUACGCUUUACAUGUACUAGGAAUUUCCAUGGCUCUCUGACGCCUAAUGAACUGUUGAAUAGAAUCAGAACAUGCCAUGCAAAGCAUGGUUGUUGGAAUUUGAAAGAGCUGCCUAUAAUUCCAUCAAGAAUAUACCCUACAAAAGCUAUAACCAACACACAGAAUAUUCGUCAGUUUAGCUCGCUACCAAAGACUUCAUUCAUUGGUGCAAUCUUUAAACAUUCAAAAAGUUGCAAAUUUGAAUCAACAUUUAGCACAUAUAGCGAUGGUACAAUUAGUCAUGAUCAAUUCCGCCAUGAGCCACCUUGGAGGAUAUUAUUCUUUGGAACUGAUCACUUUUCACUUGCGAGCUUGAGAGCAUUGAGGGAGAAUUUGAAGGAUUCAACAUCCAGUCUUGUAGAAAGUAUUGAAGUAGUCACUAUUAACAAAAAGUGUGCAGUGAGAGAUUAUGCAGAGCAGGAAAACUUGAAGAUUUAUCCAUGGCCGAGUCCUGUCAUGAUGGAAAAGUAUGACGUUGGUGUUGUUGCAUCAUUUGGUCAUCUUAUUCCGGGUAAAAUCAUCCGCAUGUUUCCAUAUGGAGUUGUAAAUGUCCAUCCAAGUUUGUUGCCAAGGUGGCGAGGGGCAUCCCCUGUGGUUCACACAAUUCUUAAUGGCGAUGAGGUUACUGGAGUCACAAUCACUGAAAUUAGGCCAAAGCACUUUGACAUUGGUCCAAUCCUGAUUCAAGAGCCAUACUAUCUUACGGAAAAGUUUUCAACUUUUGAGCUUCGGAAAAUUCUAGCUGCCAAAGGAUCUCAACUGUUAAUGCGCUCAUUACUGGAUCUUCCUAAGCUGGAGAGAUAUGAGCAGCCACAGGAUCCUUCAGGAAUCACAUAUGCUCACAAGGUGACCGCUAGUAUGUCAAUAGUGGACUGGGCCGAUCAGACUAGAGAUCAAAUUGACAGGCAGCAUAGAGCCUUGAGUGAAAUUUUCAUGCUCAGAUCUGAAUAUCAAGAUCAAGCAGUGAAGUUAUUUGAUAUGGUAGACAAACACACUAUGGCAUCGGCUGUGGUUCAGGAGCAAAUAUACAAGCGAUUUGGAGAUAGCCACGUCCAUCCAGGCACAAUGAUAUACAUUUCGAAAGAGAAAGUACUUGCAGUAUGUUGUAAGGAUGGAUGGGUGGGAUUCAGAAAAAUCAUUCACAAAAAGAAAAUGACAGCUCAAGAGUUUAACAAUGGAUAUUUGAAUAAAAGUAAAGAUCGCUUAAUCCUGCUUCGAAGCUUGUCAAAUACUUUGAAUAAAUAUAUCUUCCGGGUACGAGUAUAGAAAAGCAGGUGACAUGCAGGAAUAAUUAGCAGGAUUAGAAUUAAUUAUUAUAAUUAAAUUGUCCGGCAGAUUACCAAAUUCUAAGAAUAUAUUUGAGGAAUAAAUAAUGAUAGGACAUUCAAUAUGGUGAAAUUUAGCAGAGUUGUAACAGAAUGUAGUACAAAGCA